AGUCACAAUGCUAUUACUUACCUUCCAAAAUGAAUGAAUUAGAAAGGUACAAGCACAACUGACUAAUCUUCGAGUUUAUCCUGGACAGGUUCAGAAUCUACUUCCAGAACCUGAUUCAGCUUGGCAAUGACUUGAAGGAUACCAUUUGAAACUAGACGUCAAUAUAUGGUGGAUCAUGUAUGCUAAAUAAUGGGACAAGUUUCGAUUAGUACCAGAAUAAGAAUCAGGCCAGCGUGGGUACCAAUUUUGUAUUCACAAGUCAACACAGACAGCUACCUGUACAAUUAACUAUACUCUAAACAAAUGUGAGGCGGCUAACUUAGACAGUUGACUUUGUCAAUCUCAAGGCUGGACGCUCAUAUCUUUAGAUCUUCUAUGGAUUUAUCACAUUUCUAGGCAGAUUAUUUGCCAGGCAAGUUCCCUUUUGUUCACAUGCAGAUAAUAAUCUAAUCCCAUAAUAAUGCCAGAUGAAUUGGAGGAGUGUAUAUAUUCAAGGCUGAAUAAGCUGUAACUAAGAUACUCUUAAACCACUUGAGUUGACAAUGUCUUCCAAGUUUAGUCUGUUGAUUUGCUUGUUCUUCAUCCUUCAUUUGUUGGCUGCCAGUAGUGUAACAGGGCGCAAGAUAGGAAUUUAUGAGAUCAAGAAAGGAGAUUUCUCCGUUAAGGUCACUAAUUAUGGUGCCACAAUCAUUUCUGUUCUUCUUCCUGAUAAGAAUGGAAAAAUAGGUGAUGUUGUUCUUGGAUAUGAUACCAUCAAAGAAUACAAGAAUGGUACAAGCUAUUUCGGAGCCGCCCUUGGAAGGGUUGCUAACCGGAUUGGUGGUGCUCAAUUUACUUUGAAUGGAACCCAUUAUAACCUUGUUGCGAAUGAAGGAGUAAACAUGCUACAUGGUGGUCUUAAAGGAUUCAGCAAAGUUGUUUGGAAGGUAAGCAAGUACGUGCAAGAUGGUCCCAGUCCUUACAUAACUCUAACCUACCACAGUGCUGAUGGUGAAGAAGGUUUUCCGGGUGAUGUUCUUGUUUCUGUUACCUAUGCAUUGAAAGAUCAUUACAAACUUAGCGUAGUAUUUAAGGCAAAGGCUUUGAACAAGGCCACUCCAAUUAACCUGUCUCACCACCCUUACUGGAAUAUUGGUGGUCACAACAGUGGCGAUGUCUUGUCCCAGGUUGUUCAAAUCUUUGGAUCACACAUCACGCCGUUAGAUAAACAACAUAUUCCCACAGGUGCAAUUUCACCUGUCAAGCACACGCCCUAUGACUUCUUGAAACCCAGUAAGGUGGGGAGCAGGAUCGGUGAAAUCCAAAAUGGAUAUGACAUCAACUAUGCACUCGACAGCACUGAAAAAAUGAAGCCUGUGGCAAUAGUUUAUGAUAAGAAGUCAGGAAGGGUGAUGGACAUAAAAGCGACUGCACCUGGUGUGCAAUUCUACACUGCAAACUUCGUCAUUAAUACGAAGGGAAAAGGUGGAUAUGUGUAUCAACCUCAUUCAGCCUUGUGUUUAGAGACUCAAGGGUUCCCGGAUGCUGUGAAUCACCCAAAUUUCCCAUCGACAAUUGUGACUCCUGGAAAGUCCUACGUCCACUCCAUAUUGUAUACGUUUUCCAUCAAGAAAUACUAGAAUGCCUUAUUUAUUUCUUUGCAAGACGGCUUGUGUCUUUUGUAUGUGAUAUCUGUAUCAAGAUUAUAUGUCUAUGUGCCAAAUAAGAAACCUGACAUUCAGGUACAAUAUAAUUUUGUUUUGUUCCA